ACUGUGUGCUCGCUCGCUUCUUCUCCUCUCCCCUCCAUUAUCCCGCCGUCGCUGGUCGCCGUCCCCUCUUAUCCGCCCCACUCCCCAACGCGCGACCACGCCAUCUUGCUGCCCGUGACGACCCAUACGACUCCGACGCCUGCACCGCCAUCCGACCACGACUGAACUCUUAUAAAUCUUUACCGCUAUCUUCGUGGCGAGAUGGAAGGAACGCCUGGACCUAGUUUCGACCUCGACGACGGAGCAUCUGUGUACCAUAACGAUACCAAUUCAAGCAACCUUAACGGCGAUGCUCCAGACUCACAUACCCCAAACGGUCAGGCCUCCGGCAAUGCGGCGUCCAAGGCCAAUAACUCUACAGACCUUAUUAAGUGCAAACGACUCAAGCUCAAGUGUGACCGCCGCACGCCUUGUGGAUCUUGCAUGAAGCGCGAUACUAUGACACGAUGUGUCUACUCACAGGCCGCAGCAGAGAAGAUCGACGUUCAAUCGCUGCACAAUCGACUUCUAGCCGUCGAGGGUCAGGUCGCCACGCUCACUGCGACCCAGUCUGUGUCGAACCCCUCUAUCCCGCCUUUUCGGUCUACGUACCCAGUAUCCUCAGCACAGACCAGUUUUUCUGCACCAUCACCUGGUGCAUCUCACGGCUCCAGUCGGCCAACUGCUUCUGCCCUGGGCGGACAAUGCAACGAUCGCUAUCUUCUCAUCUCGGGACAGUCCGGCAGCUCGUUGGUGGUGAACUUAGAGGAUACCGCUGGCGUCUGGCUCAAUGAGCUCCAGGCACAGCUCGGUAUUGAUGAUGCGUCGAAAGCACCGUCGACAUCACCAUAUUCGGUAGCGCGGCCUGCGGUCACCACAAGUGGUACGGCGAGGGUUAAACUCGAGCCGACACCUGUGGUGCUUGCGCCGUCGACGACGCCUACUUCGACAGCGUCGUCUCCUCCUGCGGCGCUGAAUUCUUCCACCAUCCACGGGAGCGGAUUCAAGAAUGUGAACGUCUAUGUUCCUCUGAUACCCUUCAACGUAUUCCAGCCCGAAGCAUCAGGGGGCGCUCCUACACAGCAGGUGACUAUAUCUAUUCAUUCAU